GUUUUUAGCGGCAGCAGUAGCUGAGACUAUCGCUUCAUACACUCGAGCUCGUCGUCAGUGAGGCUUCAUUGCUAACAUUCUCUCGCACACUGCGUUUUCGCUUGCGAUCUGACGUCUGCUCACCAUGAGUAAGGUUCACGGAUCUUUGGCUCGUGCCGGAAAGGUGCGUGGUCAGACACCCAAGGUUGCGAAGCAAGAUAAGAAGAAGAAACCUAAGGGUCGCGCGCACAAGAGGAUGCAGUACAACCGUCGGUUUGUGACUGCAGUGGUCGGAUUCGGCAAGAAGAGGGGUCCUAAUUCAUCUGAGAAGUAGGGUGUGGUGAAGUGCACUAUCAGUCACCUACAUAUAAUGGGCGAGUUCGAGUAUCACAUUACAUGAUGUAGUUAAGGUGCAGCAGCUGUUUGUGCUUCGUUCGCACGGGGACGUACUGAUGCAGUAUGUUUGCGCCGAAGCUAAUUUUUUUACUAUUUAUAUCAGUAUCAUGACACUUGCAGCCUCGUCACGGUUGUAUUGUAACAUGAUUAUGAAUCCGGCUUCGACUGCUCUCAGUUUAGCUUCUUUACCUCGGUAUAGGAUGGCUCCGCGUUGGUCCAUUUUCGUGAAUUUGAACUCAUGUUUCCUUGCGUUCUAGGUUGAAAUGUAUUCCAGUCUGGCAAUUUGGCAAUACCGAAUGUCGGUCCUUGUUUAAUCCCAUGCUACUCUUACUCUUUUAUUUUUA